UAAAUAAGAAAUAAAAGAUUUUUUUCUUUUUGACAGAAAAUAAAAGAUUAAGCAUCCAUUUACUGACUCUGAUUUCUAUAAUUUCUAUAAACGAAGGUUGUUGGUUGAGAGGAAGAAGAAAACAGUGAGAGUGAGUGAUCAACAAACAGUGAAAUCACAUACAAAAAUGGAGAUUGGGUUUUUGGGUUUGGGGAUAAUGGGCAAAGCUAUGUCAAUUAACCUUCUACGACAUGGUUUCAAGGUUACUGUUUGGAACAGAACCCUCUCCAAGUGUGAUGAACUCGUGGAGCAUGGUGCUUCAGUUGGAGAAACACCUGCAGCUGUAGUCAAGAAAUGCAAGUAUACAAUUGCAAUGUUAUCUGAUCCUUCUGCUGCUUUGUCGGUUGUGUUCGAUAAGGAUGGUGUACUUGAGCAAAUUAAUGGAAGAGGUUAUAUUGACAUGUCGACAGUUGAUGCCGAGACAUCUAUCAAGAUAUCUGAGGCAAUCAAAGCAAAAGGCGGUGACUUCCUUGAAGCUCCUGUUUCAGGUAGCAAGAAGCCGGCAGAAGAUGGCCAACUAGUAAUACUUGCUGCUGGCGACAAGGCAUUCUAUGAUGAAGCACUUCCAGCAUUUGAUGUACUUGGGAAGAAAUCUUUCUUUCUCGGCGAGGUUGGAAAUGGUGCAAAAAUGAAACUUGUUGUCAACAUGGUAAUGGGAAGUAUGAUGAAUGCUUUCUCUGAGGGACUGACACUUGCUGGAAGAAGUGGCUUGAACCCUAGCACACUUCUUGAUGUGCUGGAUCUUGGUGCUAUAAGUAACGGCAUGUUUAAAUUGAAAGGACCGACAAUGCUUAAGAACAGUUACCCCCCUGCUUUUCCACUGAAACAUCAGCAGAAGGACAUGAGACUGGCUCUUGCCCUUGGAGAUGAAAAUGCUGUACCAAUGCCUGUCGCGGCUGCAGCAAAUGAGGCAUUCAAGAAAGCCAGAAGCAUGGGAUUAGGAGACCUUGAUUUUUCAGCUGUCCAUGAGACUCUGCAAUGAAGCUCAUGAACAUUCAUCAUUGACAUGAUUACUUUCUGAAUCGAUUGAACUACUAUUAUGAGCAACAACAGCAUGAUCUAAACCAUAUAUGUAUGAAAUAGCUUUUUAAGCAUAGUUCACUACUAUACUCUCUUAUUUGAAUGUAUUUAUGAAUUUUGGCUUCUACAGCACAACAUGAAAUUAUAAUAUGCUAGCACAUGGAUUUGGUUCAA